AUGAAAGAAAUACAAAAAGCUGCAUAUAACAAACCACAACAACAGUGGUACGAAUUUUGUAAAGCAGAAGUUAAGCGUGCAAACGAGUCUGCACGGCGCUCUGGUCGUGGUGCACUUUCCAUAUACAUACAUACAUACAUAUAUACAUAUACACACACAUGCACACACACACCCAACGUUCUUAUAUUAGGACCUCAUGGGAAGCGUACAUAUACACGUACGCGCGCACACACACAUACGCAUAUACACUCACAUGCAUUAUACAUUUAUACAUUCACAUACAUGCAUACAUACACUCACACACACGCACACGUACACACACAUUCACACACAUACAUACACACACUAACAUACAUACACACAUACACAUAUAACAUACACACAUCUACACAUACGCACACUUACAUUAACAUCGACACUCACAUACAUACAUACACAUACACAUACACACAUACACACUAA